AUGUCUGUGGGGUCUACAGCGACAGUGACCAGGCUCAGCGCCAACUAUUGUUUACUGACAAGAUCAGCGACUCAUCUGACGCGCACUGAGAUGUCUCAGUGUGGAGGGCGCAGGCUGAAGCAGUGGCUGAUGGAGCAGAUCCAGAGCGGACACUACUGUGGGCUGGAGUGGGAGGAUGACACCCGCACCAUGUUCCGCAUCCCAUGGAAACACGCAGGAAAACAGGAUUACAACCAAGAAGUGGACGCAUCCAUCUUUAAGGCCUGGGCUGUAUUCAAAGGAAAGUUUAAAGAAGGGGACAAAGCUGAACCAGCAACUUGGAAGACCAGACUCCGCUGUGCUCUCAACAAAAGUCCAGACUUUGAGGAGGUGGCCGAGAGGUCUCAAUUGGACAUUUCUGAACCUUAUAAAGUUUACCGUAUAAUUCCUGAGGAGGAACAGAAAAUUGGUAAAGGUCCACUGCUGCUUUUUCAUAAUUCCAUCUCUGCUGAUAUGACUGACAUAGACUGCAGUCCGGAGACUAUAGAAGAUUUCAUCAAAGACGAAGAAGCUUGUAACAUGCAGUCAAGUCCAGAGUAUUUUUUACAGGGCACCAUUAACUCCUCUCCGCACCAUCCGGACCCUGUGUCGUUAGGGGCCGUGGGCACAGCUUUCUCCCAGAUGAUGAUCAGUUUUUACUACAGUGGAAAGUUGACUCACUCUAGUCUGGUCACUCAUCCUGAAGGUUGUCGGAUCUCUCCUGGACAGGGACAGCAGCUUGCGAACCGUGGUGCCCUGUACACCUCUGAUUCAAUGCAAAGUAUUCAUUUCCCACCUGCUGAGCUCAUAGAGCAUGAGCGCCAGCGCUAUAUCACACAAAAACUACUGAAUCACUUGGAGAGAGGGGUCUUAGUGCGAGCCAACCAGGAGGGCAUCUUCAUCAAGAGGCUGUGCCAGAGCCGAGUGUUCUGCAGCAGUCCGGCAGAGGUCGUGCCCCGGAAACUCCAGAGAGACGCAGUCCUCAAUAUCUUUGACACCGGAAGGUUCCUGGAAGCUCUGCGGUUGUAUCAGGAGGGACAGUAUCCGGCUCCAGAGCCUACCGUGACCUUGUGCUUUGGAGAAGAGCUUCUGGAUCUUAAUAAUGCCAAGAAUAAAUUAAUCAUAGUGCAGAUCACAUUGGUGCACUGCCAGCACUUGAUUGAAGCAGUGAACUUACGUCGGAUGCAGUCGUACUGCGGCAGUACUAACAUGGAGACGUCAGAGUUCGCCUUGGAGCAGGCACCGCACAUCUACCCAGAGCUUUGUAGCUACGGUGGCCCACAGCGGACGUCCUGCUACAGAGAUAACAUGACCAUCACUGCAUAA